AUGCAGGUAUCACCAAAUCCAUUUUUACUUUCGGCUUUUGGAACUAAUAAUGAAUAUGAAUCAAUUGAUAUUAUUCGUCGUUGGAUAUGGAUAUUCGAACAAAGUUUGUUAAAAAAUGUUCGUAUUGUUGGAUUCUCCACUGAUGGAGAUCCAAAAUAUCUUCGCGCAAUGCGCCUUGUUACCGGUUUUUUUGCUACACUACCAAAUAUUAAAUUAAAUAGUUAUAACGAUGCAUUUCAUGUUAAAAUUCAAAAGAAGUGUAAUUGGUAUUUUCUUAAUGAUAGUCAACGAUUUUUAUGCUUUCAAGAUGCCACGCAUCUUUGCACUAAAUUACAUAAUCGACUGUUAUCUCGUAAAGCUAAUAUGUUAAUUGGAAAUAGUUGUAUUUCUAUUGAUUAUCUCUCAACAUUAAUUCAAAACGUUCCAAAAUUACGACAUGGUUUAGUAGAAUCUGACAUUUUCCCACAGGAUCGUCAAAAUUUCAGUUUUUAUGUUAAAAUAUGUAGUGACGGUGUAAUUAAUAAUUUAACUAAUGUUCCUAAUUCUGAGGGCAUAAUAUUGUAUCCUCGCCUUCUUCGUCCUAUUAUAAUUGCAUACAAUGACAAAGAAACAACUCCAAUUCAUAGACUUUAUCAUGCAUGGUUUUCAGUUUUUGUUAGUCGCUGGUGA